CCAAUCACCCAAGUUCACAUGACGACUCAGUCACUCAGCCCUUUCUAAAGUCUUACAAGAAAAAAAAGAAAAAAAGAAAAAAAAAGAGAGAGAGAGAGAUAUGUCUUUAGUGGCUAAGAUGCCAAGUUCAUCGAAGCUCCUUGUGAUGAUGCUUUUCUCAUUCUUGGCGCUUUUCAUAAUCUCCCAUGCUAAUCAAGUUGUUUUCUCUGAUACGCCGUCUAAUUCGUACGCUCCACCUAUUUACUCUCCUGUUCCUGAUGAAUGUUUCAAGACUCCUAAUCGUUGCCGUCCUCCAGGAGAGUCUCAGUUUGAUCAAACUUAAUUGAUUAAGGUGAUAUAUAUGGGUUUCAUCAUAAGUAUGUUUUUCAUUAAUUACUGGGAACUGAAACGUUUAUGAGAUCCAUGGUAUAGUAUGUUGCAGUAUGUUAUGAUAUCUCUGUUUUCAUUUGUGUGUGUGUGUUUUUUAUUAAUGUUUUUCGAAUUAUCACCAUUA